AUGGCCACUCCUCGGGGUGUUCAGAUUGCCGCUCGUCUUCUCAGUCGAGGCUCAAAGUCUCUACCGGCCCAUACCUUUCCCAUAAAACGCAGGUUCGAUUGUCCGUCAAUCGCAUGCAAUUCGAAUAUUAGAAAUGCAUCCCUUCACACACGAGCAACCCAUCACGCACAGGUGGCUGCGGCAGUACAGGAGGAAGCGUGGGAGCCUCCUGAGCCCACAAACCCUGCCAUGGCCUUUCCUUGCCUUGAUGCACAAGAAAUGAAGACUGCUGCACUGCAGACCCGAUCCCACCAGUCUGGCCCAGAACCUUCGUACACAACAGGAAAACACAUGGUAUUCCACUGUGGUGAACCCAUCUUGCUGGACUGGGGCGGUAUUCUCCCGGAAUUCGACAUUGCCCAUGAAACCUGGGGAACAUUAAAUGCGGACAAGAGCAAUGCCAUUCUACUGCACACUGGGCUCUCAGCAUCUAGUCAUGCACACAGCACUGAGGCAAACCCAAAACCUGGCUGGUGGGAGGAAUUCAUUGGACCUGGCGGCCCCAUAGACACCAACAAAUAUUUUGUGAUAUGCACGAACGUGAUUGGCGGUUGCUUUGGUUCAACUGGGCCUUCUUCUAUUGAUCCAUCUGAUGGGCAAAGAUAUGCGACCAGAUUUCCGAUUUUGACCAUGGACGACAUGGUUCGGGCGCAGGCAAGAUUACUGGACGGUCUAGGGAUUGAGAAGCUCUGUGCCAGUGUAGGAGCAAGUAUGGGCGGAAUGCAAAGCCUUGCAUUUGGAGUACACUUUCCAGACCGGGUCGGAAGAAUUGUCAGCAUAUCCGGCUGUGCAAGAAGCCACCCCUACAGUAUUGCUAUGCGACAUACUCAAAGACAGGUUCUCAUGAUGGAUCCGAAAUGGAACCGAGGUUUCUAUUAUGACAGCAUCCCACCCCAUUCGGGAAUGAAACUUGCCCGGGAGAUUGCCACGGUGACUUAUCGAAGCGGUCCGGAAUGGGAGAAGCGAUUCGGCCGUCAGCGCGCUGACCCCAGCCAACAGCCUGCUUUGUGCCCGGAUUUCCUCAUUGAGACAUAUUUGGACCACGCCGGCGAAAAGUUUUCCCUCGAAUACGAUCCGAAUUCCUUGCUCUACGUCUCCAAAGCAAUGGACCUCUUUGACCUAGGGCAUACCCAUCAGGAAAGUGUCAAGAUUCGACGUCAACAGAACCACGAGAAAUUGACCCGGCGCAAGGGAUCUUGGAUAGGAAAUGACCUAUCUUGCAGCCUGACACUGCCCGCUAAGAAUUACGAAGAGAAAGUAUCGACAGCUCCCAUGGAUGAAGGUGUUGGCCCUGAAUCAGAAGUUGGACCUCCUAAGGAUCUGGUCACGGGAAUGGCCCCAUUGAAAUCUCAUCCUGUUCUCGUGAUGGGCGUUGCAAGUGAUAUUCUGUUCCCAGCCUGGCAACAGCGUGAAAUUGCUGAAACAUUGCGCGCUACGGGAAACACUCAGGUAACCCACAUCGAGUUGGGAGAAGAUAUCAGCCUGUUUGGCCAUGAUACCUUUCUAUUAGAUUUGGAGCAUAUCGGUGGCAAUAUUGGGAAAUUCUUGCAGUGA